AUGGCUGAAAAUACCGAUUUUAACGAAGAUAUAUCAAACGUAAACCUAACGGGUUAUUCGGACACAGAUGAUGAUGAUGAUGAUGAUACUGUUGCCCCAGAAAAUGUUGAAAAUACCGAUCAGACCGACGAUGUCGAUAACACUGCUGCUGUACAAGUAGAUGAAGGAAACACGGAUAUUCAAUCCUAUGAAGAUGACAAUAUUUCAGAUUUUCAUAUUGACAACAAUUUUGAAAAUUGUGAAUCGGAAGAAGCGGGGUUAGAUGACCAAGUAAUACAAGGUUUUUUUAAACAUCUACUACAAUUACAAGAACAAGUUGAAAAGAAGAAAAAAGAAAAUCGUCUCAUACCGUGUGUUUCUAAUUUUAUGAAAUUAGAUUUUGAUCAAAGAAGCCAACAAAUUUCUCCAACUAUCACGCGACAUCUGUUACACGUGUGUGAUUUAAUUGUCCGCGACAAACUUGAUAUUAAAAUAGAUCAUGGUGACCGCGGUGUUUUAGAACAUAUUACCAGUAAAGAUUGUCCAAAGAAAGAUAUAAAAUUUACACUUGUAGAAGAUAUGCGCAUUCAUGGUUAUAUUCGGAAAGCUGUCAGACAACUGGAGGUGAUCAAGAAAACUCAUACAAAAGAAAAUGGGCGAAGAAGUCAAACGGUUAGCGUUGAUCGACGCGAAUAA